AUGUCGGACGCCGUGGUCAGUUUUAUGAAAGACUUUUUGGCUGGUGGUGUAGCCGCAGCCAUCUCCAAAACAGCAGUCGCUCCAAUUGAGAGGGUCAAGCUCUUGCUCCAGGUUCAACAUGCCAGCAAGCAGAUCAGUGUUGAGAACCAGUAUAAAGGAAUUAUGGACUGUGUGUAUAGAAUCCCUAAAGAGCAGGGUUUCGUGUCAUUUUGGAGAGGCAACCUGGCCAACGUGAUCCGUUACUUCCCCACUCAGGCUCUCAACUUUGCCUUCAAAGACAAAUAUAAGAAGAUUUUCUUGGGCGGAGUGGAUCAGAAAACACAGUUCUGGCGAUACUUUGCAGGUAACUUGGCAUCUGGUGGUGCUGCUGGUGCAACCUCCCUGUGCUUCGUCUAUCCUCUUGACUUUGCCAGAACCAGGUUGGCUGCAGAUAUUGGUAAAGGUUCGGCAGAGAGAGAAUUCUCUGGUCUGGGAAACUGCAUUGGGAAGAUCUUCAAAACUGACGGCCUAAAGGGUCUGUACCAGGGUUUCAAUGUGUCUGUCCAAGGCAUCAUCAUCUACAGAGCUGCUUACUUUGGCUGCUUCGAUACAGCUAAAGGUAUGCUGCCAGACCCUAAGAACACACAUAUUGUGGUGACUUGGAUGAUCGCUCAGACUGUCACAGCUGCAGCUGGCCUGGUUUCAUAUCCAUUUGACACAGUCAGACGUCGCAUGAUGAUGCAGUCUGGACGCAAAGCAGCUGACAUCAUGUACACGGGCACAAUGGACUGCUGGAAGAAGAUCAUGAAGGAGGAGGGAGGAAAUGCCUUCUUCAAGGGCGCCUGGUCCAACGUGAUCAGAGGCAUGGGUGGUGCCUUUGUGUUGGUCCUGUACGACGAGAUCAAGAAGUACACAUAA